AUGGGGUACCAACUAUCGGUAUUCGAGAACGUGCCCACCUCGACAUGGUUGAUUUUGUUGACUCUGAGCACUUGCGUUGGAUACUCGUUGUUCUGGGUUUUACGUGGGGUGUAUAGGCUGUACCUACACCCUCUAUCUCGCUACCCAGGACCAAAGCUCGCCAUUGUUGAUCCGGCAUGGUUUGAGCUCGUAUAUAACUAUUGGGGCGAAAACAGGUGUAUGCUGGUAUGGCAGCUUGAGAAGUUUCACCAAACCUAUGGACCCGUGGUCCGCCUGGGCCCAAACACGCUCCACAUCAACGAUCCGGAGAUCUAUCAGCGCAUGGCCAAAGUCACCAGUGGGUUUCUGAAGGAUCCUGAUUUCUACCAAUUGAUAAUGCUGCCUUCGGUGGUCUCCGAGACAGACCCAAAGAAGCACCGCGUCCGUAGACAGGUUUUGGCGCCCGCCUUCUCGAUAAGUCGAGUGACUGAGCAUGCAAAAUGGAUUGAGAGCAAGGCGGAGUCCUUGAAUAGUCGACUGGAGCAAUUCGCUCACUCGGAUACGCCUGUCAAUGUCUUGAAACUGUGCAAUGCCUUCAUCAUCGAUAUUGCAACAAGGCUCCUUCUGGCCACCGACCACGAAUGUGUUCUUGAUCCCGAUUUCCGAAGUGACUUUGUCGACCUCCUCCAUGCAGUGCUGCAGCAGACCUGGUUGGCAUUUGUAGCCCCUACCACAACUCGAGCCAUGUACAAGCUGCCUCCGUCUAUACAGAAGUGGAUAUUUCCUCUUCCCAUUCGAAAAUUCGCGCAAUCACGUCGUGUGAGGUCCGACAUAAUCGAGCAGUUGAUUGAUCCGAACGCUGCCAAAGGUCAUGUGGUACCCCAAGGGGAAAGUCUCAUGUCAGAAGUCAUCAUCCUUAUGACUGCAGCUGUCGAUACCUCUUCGACCGUCAUGUACCAAGGCAUCUACCAGAUCUGCCGCAACAACGACAUUUAUAAGAGCCUUGUGCGGGAACUUGAUCAUGCCUUCCCCGGUGACUCUAAAAUAACUUACAAGGUUGCUAAACAGCUGCCAUAUCUUACUGCCGUUAUACAGGAGAGUCUGCGAUGGGCUUCUCCAGUGCCGGGGAGACUACCUCGCCAAGUUCCAGCAGAGGGCUUUGAAUUAUAUGGUCACCGGAUUCCUGGAGGGACAAUCAUGCAAACUUCCGCUAUCCUACUCAACAACCACAAAGACGUCUUCUCUCACCCGGAGCAGUUCGACCCUGAUCGCUGGACGCAGGGUGAGACCUCCAGAGAGCUUGAGAAGUACAUGGUCAGUUUCUACCAUGGCUCGCGAGGAUGUCUAGGAAAGGACCUGGCGUGGUGCGAGAUGUAUGUCUUCAUGGCAAACCUCUUCCGGAGAUUCAGCGUCAGUGUCCACGAUACCACGGACAAGGACAUGAAGUUCAAAGACUCGUUUUUGUCGUUGUAA